AUGCGUACUAAGCCUCAAGCUGCGAUCAUUGCGCGAGAGGAGGGUUCAUGGUCUACCAAGGCUCCUACCGAUCCGAAGAAGCCUCUCGAACCGGGUCAACUUCGUCACACGUCGCCUCCGACCACCGACAUCACGAUCACUCAGCAUCUUCAUUCAGAGAGCGGAUAUAGCCCUGUACCCCUUCUAGUCGGCGAUCUGUUCAUCUGCUCUUUAGAACAAGUCAAAGGUUGCUGGAUCUUGCAUACCCUCAAUAAGUGCUUGGACCUUCCUUCGCAGAUCGCGUACAACGCCAAGUAUAUCGAGCAAUCCAAGGGGUCGUUCUGUAAAUACUACAGGAAAACUGGAUGCAUGGACGGCGACGAGUUCUGGCGCCAUACCUCCGGGCCGAAAGAUGUCAGUCAAAUUGCCGGAGAUGGAAUCAAGCAUCUCGCUAGUGCAUGGUGCGGAGGUACUGGUGUGACAUCUGAGAUGGAAGUCUGCCGAGCUACUGGUGCAACUGCGCAGAUCAACGCCGUUGCUGAUGGAGAUGGUAUCGAGAAGGUGAAUAAUGUUGGAUCGCUCAUCUACACCGUCGACGGCAGGACCACCAAGCGCGACUGGCCCCCGGGUUCAACCACCGUCUGCCACCAAACGCAUUACCAGUCCUGCACCGACAACCGUAUCAACGCCAUCCAGCAAUGCGCCAACUUUGCUACUGCAGACCAGGGCCCAGUUUCAAUCAUCCAGUAUGGCGGCGCGUACUGUAAGUGGUACCGCGACUUUGGUUGUGAAGGUGGAGAGGAUAAGUCGCCCAUGAGCAUUGAUUCGAUGGCGGCGAAGCAGUGGGUUGAUGAUUUGGGUGAGGAGGAUAGGUUCAAGAGCGUCAAGUGUGAGACGUAUCAGUGGUAGGCUUUAGCUGACUGCAAGCCUUCUCGAUGUGGAGAGGAUGCGGAGGCUUAUGUAGCUUCGUUGGAUACCAGGUAGUUGGAUAAGGAGGAGAAUGAAAUAACAUUUUGUUCAUUCCACCUCAUACAAGACAAAAUCUGAACAGCCCCAGAGCCUACAUCGACUUUGGGUUACCCAUUUCGCAAGUUUGUAUGUUAAUGUAGUCUCUAGACCU